AUGAAUAAUAAGUCUGUAGUUGAUAACAGUAAUAUAAAUGGACGUACAUCACAAUACACUUUAGCUACUUCGACAACCUCUUGUGGUAAUCCAAUAACAGUAGGUCAUAAUGGAUUAGGUUUAACUCUAGUGAAUAAUUCAUUCCAGCUACCUACAUGCUCAUCUGCUUCUCAAAAUGUGGAACCAAAUCAAACGGCGCUGUUAGCUGAUAGUUCUACAGAAAUUCUAUCUACAGGACUAGCUGCGUUUACACAAAUUAAACGAAAGUCUGAAUUUAAUGAUAUAAACGAAAGAAGUAAUCUAAACAAUGGCUUUCUUACCCAAAACAAUCUACCUGGUAAUAGUUCACCAAUAGUUUCUAUAAAAGUCACUUCAUUAGCAGAUCAAUUUAAUCCUAAUUCAAUAGAUUUAGGAACAAAUUUAGCAACAUUUUCAUACAAUACACCAUUUGAUUGUAAUAUGGACACAUCUUGUACACCUAUAUUCUUAUCCCUAGAUCCGAGUGCAUCUAAUUCCUUGUUAAUGUCAAAUUCAUUGAUGAACUGUCCUAUAGAUAACACCAAAGUCCUUGAAGUGAAUAGAGAAGUAUCUGUUACACCUUUAAUGAUUCAUUCACCAACCCCAGAUCAUGUUCUAGUUUCAAAUUAUGUCCCGACAAGACCUAACCUUGGAGGUACACGUUAUUUUUAUUCAUCUCGAGAAGCUAUUCAUUCGAAUAUAUCUCGACAGAAUAUACCUCACUUUGAGAGUCGUUUGAGUAUGAACAAUCUUCCUCAUGCAAUUUCUAGUGAAUUAUACAAUCGUCAAAAUCAAUGUAGCUGUGAACAACAAUUUUAUGCCCAACAGCAACAUAUUCCAUCUCAUAAACGAAUACCUUACUCUUGUAGUAAUUGUCUAAAGUCAAGAUCAAGUUUACAUAAUAUUAAACAGCCAUUUUAUCCAUCGAAUGCUCAAAAUUCUGUCAUAGAUACUUUUUCCGAAGAGGAUAAGGAUUCAGAUCGUAGCCGCUAUGCAGAACAACUGAGGCGCAUUCAAUACAGUGGGGGACCGACCGCUCAGCUUCUUUUAGGCAAUGUAAAUAUACCAAAUUGUCAUUCAAGUCCUGAUUCAGCCUUGUCACCUGAUAAUGAAGCAAACGGUUUAACUGAACUUGACCCAUGUCUGCCAAAAUCAAAUCAAAGCAAUCAUCGAAGUGAGAAUAAUCACUGCAUCUCUAAUACUAGUCGAUUUACUCCAUCUGAGCAUACCUUGAAGAAAAAGAAACUGACCACAUCGAAACUCAUGUAUCAAAAUCGACAACAAAAUAAUCAUGCAAGCGAAUAUCAACCAACUUCCAUGGAUUCAUCUGUAAUUCCAAAAGUAGAUGACAAUGAAAUAAACUCAGUGCAUUUGUCCGACUGCUUUGUUUAAUUUAUUCUCCUCUUAUCUUUUCUCCUUGUACUAUUAAUUUUGUUUUUUUUUAUUAUCUCUCCAGUUGAUCUGUUGAGAUUGAUGUUUCCGGUUGAUCAGUUGUGAAUGAUAAUCAGAACACAAAUACAAAAAAAACAUCUCGCCUAUCCUGGAAAUACAAAACUGAGCACAAAUCUUUGUUUUCUUCCAAGUUCCUUCACACUUUAAAAAAAUAUAUAUAUCUUUUAAUCAAACAAACAUUCUGCUGAUUUAUUCUUAAUUUAACAUUCCUCUUGUAAUUAUGUCACUUUUACAAAUGUAUACAAAAUAGACAGUUGAGUAUAGAACUGAAACACGAUUUAUGAAUAUGUGACAACCAACCCACCCUUUUCUGUUCCAAGAAAUAUUCAACAGAUAAAAGAAAAAAUGUAGAAUUCCAUUGUCAGUAAGUUGAAUGUUAGCUGAAGGGAUCUAAACAAAUAUAUAUAUAUACUGCUCAGUUAAAUUACUCAAUGUUAUUCAUAGUGAUAUAAAUAUUCGAUUGUGAAAUUCUUCUUUUACACAAACAAUAAAC